AUCCGAUCUUGUUUGACUGCUUAUAUACAAAAUUAGUUAACCCUUCAAAAUAGCCCAGAAAAUGACAGCCAUCAAAAGGCCUAAGCCCAUAUAGCCUCGGCCUGUCCAAAUGAUGUUCAGCGGUCUCUACCCAAGUAGCUGUGGCCCAUGAUCCAAAGGACCCGCAACCAGUCAAUCAUGCUAUCCUUACCUUCCAACCAAUCGGCCAAUCACGCUAUCCUUGCCUUUCAACCAACCCCUUCGAUUCCGCUUCUGCAGCAGUAUAUAAUCUCGGUCCCUUACCUUGAUGCCUACAGUUCUACAAUUUCCAGGGCAAGAUCCGCGAAAUACUGCUUUUUUUUUCUUCUUGUGUUGUUUCUGAAUGGCAUCAUAGCUACACGAGGGAAAGCGAUGCUGCCCACUCUGCCGCAAAAGGAAAAGGGGGCCGCUUUCUUCCCCCCAAAAAUGCCAGUUCCACCAUCAGGGCCCAGCAAGCAGCAUAAUUCUGUUCCGAGGCUGCGUUUCAUUCCAGCAACAGUAGUAUAUGGUUCAAAACGCCUUGUUCCAUCCGGCGCGAGUCCUCUCCAUCACUAUUCUAGUGGAGGUGUUAUUUGUAUUGCAAUAAUGAAUAAAUGUACGAACACAAAGAAUGAGCAGACCAGCCCACUUUUAUAUGUGGGUUCAUUUCAUAAUGUAUUUUUUUUAAUAAAGAAGCGCGCUCCUGUUAGUGUAACGUAGGUGUCUUUCUCGGUUGAUGGAUGGGAUAAAUGCCUAUAUCGCUUUGUAAUGUUAUUGUCAUGUU